AUGAAUCGAUCAACAACUGCAUCAAUCUCUAGCAGUACAUACUUGGAUUUGGGUGAUAUUACACGGUACCAAGAUUUAGCAGAUGAGACGAAAACGCCAGCUGCUCCAUUAUCGAUUGACGAAGAGGAGCAUCUUGCUGCACGAGUACAGACAGUUCAGUCGGCGUCAAAUGUGCUGGUAUUAGCCUCACGAAUGCGUGGCAAUGAUAAUUUAUCGGCGUCGGUACCGAUGAGGCGCUAUAAUAGUUCACAAAGUGUGAUACAGGCAAGUAAGGAGCGAAAGCGAAGUGUUGGUGCUACUUCGACCAGUGCUGCAUCAAUGAUGAGAGCCGCUAAAUCAGAUUCAGGAGAAAAACGCACAGGUUUUGCUAGGAUAUAUUUCGAGAAUAAGAGCUUUACGUCGUCUACAGUGUUCAAGUUGCUGAGCAGCACGACGGUGCUUGAGGUGAGGAAGUCUAUGGCGGCGAAGAUUAAGAUUCCAGUGCAGAGUUUCAACAAUUACGCUAUUAUAGUGGUAUUUCCGACGGAUAAUUCGGGAUCGUUGUCAGCGAGGACGUUGAGGGACGAGGAGCUUAUUUUGCCUCUGGUGGAGAGACUAAAUCGUACACGACCUGUGCAGACAGUUGAAGCAGAUGAUACGAUUGGUGGCACUACGCGCACUAAGCCGAGACAUCGCUCAAGACCGCCAGUGAAGUUUGUUCUGAAGGACGUUCAAGGUUCUAAUUUGAAUAUUAGUGAAAGUCCUGCACCACCAAGGCGUCAUGGGUCCGACGCUCAGUCGAUUAAUUUUCCGGUAUUAUUAGGAAAGGGUGUAUACUCAGGUUAUCUUCAAAAAGCAAGUUCUAGCAAUCCAAACCUGUGGAGAAAGCGGUGGUUUAUCAUCAAGGGAGACCAACUGCUUUACUGCAAGUCGAACGUGAAUCAACAAGAUGUGACAUCAAUUAGUUUACUAGGUGCAAUCCUUGCGAAGGCUAAGCCUGAAGUGCGCGUUCCAUUCUCAUUCCAGCUCAAGACACCUCGGCGAGAUUAUGAGCUUUGUGCCGGUAGUAAAGAUGAGAUGGUGGCUUGGAUUCAUGCACUCCACGUCCAGAUUGGUCUAUGUUCUGAAAAUCACCGUUUAUAUGAAGCCGAAAUCUGGAUCACAGAAGACGCUGUAAUGAGAAGUGAGCUGGAACCGUUACCGACAAUGACUGAGCCAUCUCUACUGGAACGUGUGCUUUCACGAGAAGAUUCUCUGAAGCUUUUUCGCGAUUUUGUUUUCACGACGCAAUACCAAAAUUUGUUGGACACAUGGAUUGAGUGUGAGCUCUUUCGACGAAGCUGUAUUGCUCGAGAGAAUGGACUUGUAGGUGGUGCAGGAAUGGCAGGCAAUCGACGGACAGUGCAAGACGAAUGGAAUCAUUUGAAGGCAAUUUUUCGCGCAAUCCAGCUGCUGAAUAUUGUACAUGUUGAUGAGUUGAAUCAGCUUUGGCAAUCUUAUCAAACAGAGCAGAAAACUAAUCGUCGCCUAAGUGUCGCGUUAAACAACGACAAGUACGAGGAAUAUCCGCGGACGGAUGUCAUUGUGCCAGUGCAACUGAAGCUCUUUAAGGCAAUUGAGGCGGGACCAUUUCAACAAUUUCUCUUGCAAAAUGGGUACCGGCUUUUGUUGGAGCGCAUUAUUGGGGCAAUUGCAUAA